AUGGCUUCGAGUCGCCCGAGAGCUGUUCAGGGCAUAAGCUUUAGCGAAGCGCCCUUCAUUGAACCUGCGUCGGCGACGACUCAUCCGUCGCCUUUUGCAGAUGGAGAGAAUGGUCAAGUUGCCCCCAACACCUCUUCUGACGGCAGUGCGUCUAGCCGCAAUGCUCAAAAUGCAACCAGUGGCAGCAACCAGGAGCCACGCCGCCCAGGUGGUACUCAGCGCAGCUCGUUUAACCCAUCCGCCAGUAUUUGGGUCCCAUCUGCAUCGACACAGCAGGUUAGGCAGAGGGAUGACACUCGUCCUCUUGUAGUUGGAUAUCCUCCUGGUUACCGCGUUCCGAACGCUCUGCAGAAUCGGAGCCAAGUUCAGAUCGAAAGCCAGGCCCAGAGCCAGGUUCAACAUCAGACUCCUGGUCAGGCUCACAAUCAAUUUGACAUGGUUUCGUUUGCUUUGGCUCACACUCAAACCCAUGAUGAGGACCCAAAUUCGGUGCAGUACCAAGGCGGGUUCGAGUCUGUCGCUGUAGAGAACCCAGAUAUUCAAUAUCCAGACUUUCUCCAAGUGCAGACUCCACCCCAUGCCUCGACUGCUGGCUUCUAUCAAGAGGCGGGUAGUGAUCAUCGCACAAGCCUUCAGAGAAUGGCUGACACUGGUUUUGAGCAACAUGUUCGUCCAUCAUUCAUUCCGCACAGCCAAUCUCUCAACUCUCUUCAACCUGGCGAAGUGUUUUCUAGCCCGUCAUCCGACGUGACUCCGCCUCAGCGUCGCUCUGGUGCUCCUGUCCGAGGCUAUUUCAGCCCGGGUAUGUCGACGGUCGCCAGCGAGCCACGCAACUACGCUCCCCGAACAGCCGGAUUGCCUGCUUCGAUCAAUCCCAUCAUGAUGCAGCCUCCCCCCAGAUUUGAUCUUGGGCUUGCUGUUGCUGAAGCUCCCGAGCAUGAUAGCGACCGAGAAGCCCGAAUUGUGCGCCAGAUUGUCAGGCCUUUUGGCGUGCGUCUCAGUGAAACAACUGAGCUGUCCGAGAUCCCGCCUGAUUGCUCGAAUCACGCCCCGAUGAUGCAGGCGCCGCCCUCCAACAAGCUUCUCCAGCUGAUCAAUACAGCUACGGGGCUUCCAACUCUGGCCGAUGCCAUGGAUCCAUCCAACUUCCCCUUUAUUGAGUCGGCCAGAUUGGCAAAGCCGAUGAACUGGGGCAUUAUCAAGCUGAGAAACAUUCCGUUUUCCUCUACUCGUGCCGAAGUGAUUGCUUUCCUCGGCCGCAAUUCCAAGGUCUUGAAUGACACGGACGAAGGUGUGCACAUCAUCAUGGACAAGGUGACGAGCAAGACCAUGGACGCCUAUGUCGAAUUUGUGUCUCUUGAAGAUGCGAUGAGGGCGGUCGAGAGACACCGAGCCAAUGUCGUCGCCGGCCGAUUCAGUCGCCUAGGCGAUCGUCCCAUCGAAGUGGAGGUGACCUCUCAGGCCAACCUCAUGAGGGAUCUCUUCCCAAUCGCUCGCGGUGUCUUUUGGAAUGGUGUCACUCCCGAGAUUAUGCCUUUUAAUCCCAACUGCCCUUGGGACAACUUCAAGGGCUUCAUAUCCGAGGAGGAGAUGAUUAUGCUGGUCAAACACGUCGAGGUGCCUCAUCGAUCUCCCUUUUCUAGGGAUUGUCCGCAGCGCCCUUAUGAGUGCUUGAUCAGCACCAUCAAGAAGUUUCCGUGGUUCCUCACCGAUUGCGUAACGAUCAAAGAACGAGAGGCCAUCUACCAGGCUACCCUGGCGCUUAUUCGUCAACUUACUCGGAGCAUUCUUUUCCAGGAAGAUGCCGCGCACUUGACUCCCUUCUUGCUCCGGCGCCUUGUUCAAGCAGCCAUGCUUUGCCCUGGCUUCACGCCAUGCAUGAAGGACGGCAUCGCCUGGAUCACUAACAUGCAAGCGCUGGAUCAAGAGUACUAUCAGCUGCCACGUUUCGCGGACCGUUGGCGCCAUCAGUAUGCCAUUGGCCCAAAACCUGGUUUCCCUCUGGAUAUUGUCGAGUGGUAUGUUGCGAUCAUUCGUGAGCAAACUCACAAGGACAUCCUCACCCUGCCUCUCCGCGAGCGUACUGGGCUUCAAGAGCGUGCCGAGCAGACAGACAUGUACUGGGGCUAUUUCUGGGCCGAAGUAGGAUACAUUCUGGGGCCACAGUUCGAUGAUAUGACGUUGGCGCAGGCGGCUCACAUGGAGUUUUUGGCUGUGGAGCGUAUCCUUACGCGUGCCUUUACUCAAGUCUAA